UUAGGCAUUAACCCCUCCCAGUCUCUUCCUAAAGAAGCCACUCAGCCUUGGCGCGGCGCUAGGCGACUUCACCUCGCAGGCAAGCGCUGGCCGUGGCGAGCGGAGCUGGCCAUUGGAGUGCACGGCUGCGGAGGGAGGGGACCCCGACUGCAGUAAGUUUGAAAAAGCACCACGCAGUCAGUCGCGGGCAGCAGCAAGAUGCCGAGAGCUCCGUGCAGACUCCGACCUCUCCGAACACAACUUCGUCCUGCCUGAGAGAGGCUGCGGUUUCCGAGGCCCUCUCCAGCCAAGGAAAAGCUACAGAAAAAGCCUGGAUCUCUGAAUCAUCCCUGGGGCGAGUGAAGGCUCUCUCGGCCUCGCCCUCGCCCUCUAGCGUUCGUCGGAAGAAGCGCCACCCCCCCAGGUUCUUGGGGGCUCAUCAGGCACCAUGGGGUCUACCAGCAUCCCGCUGGUCAAGGCCCUCCGCAGCUCAGUCUCCGACUAUGUCAACUAUGAUAUUAUCGUGCGGCAUUACAACUACACGGGAAAGCUGAACAUCAGCGCGGAGAAGGAGAACGGCAUUAAACCGACUUCGGUGGUCUUUAUUCUCAUCUGCUGCUGUAUCAUCCUGGAGAACAUCUUUGUCUUGCUGACCAUUUGGAAAACCAAGAAGUUCCACCGACCCAUGUACUACUUUAUUGGCAACCUGGCCCUCUCGGACCUGUUGGCAGGAGUAGCCUACACAGCCAACCUACUCUUGUCCGGAGCCACCACUUACAAGCUCACCCCUGCACAAUGGUUUCUGCGGGAAGGGAGUAUGUUUGUGGCCCUGUCUGCCUCCGUGUUCAGCCUGCUAGCCAUCGCCAUCGAGCGCUAUAUCACCAUGCUGAAGAUGAAACUCCACAACGGGAGCAACAGCUUCCGAUCCUUCAGGGCCUGCUGGGUCAUCUCCCUCAUUCUGGGAGGCCUACCCAUCAUGGGCUGGAACUGUAUCAGCCUGCUGGCCAGCUGCUCCACCGUGCUGCCGCUCUACCACAAGCACUAUAUCCUCUUCUGCACCACGGUCUUCACUCUGCUCCUGCUCUCCAUCGUCAUUCUGUACUGCAGGAUCUACUCCUUGGUCAGGACUCGGAGCCGCCGACUCACCUUCCGCAAGAACAUCUCCAAGGCCAGCCGCAGCUCAGAGAAGUCGCUGGCACUGCUCAAGACAGUGAUUAUCGUCCUGAGUGUCUUCAUCGCCUGCUGGGCUCCCCUCUUCAUCCUCCUCCUGCUAGACGUGGGCUGCAAGGUGAAGACCUGUGACAUCCUCUUCCGAGCGGAGUACUUUCUGGUCUUGGCGGUGCUCAACUCCGGUUCCAACCCCAUCAUUUACACUCUGACCAACAAGGAGAUGCGGCGAGCCUUCAUCCGGAUCAUGUCCUGCUGCAAGUGCCCCAGCGGAGACUCCGCAGGCAAAUUCAAGAGACCCAUCAUCGCAGGCGUGGAAUUUAGCCGCAGUAAAUCAGACAACUCCUCCCACCCCCAGAAGGACGAUGGGGACAACCCAGAGACUAUUAUGUCUUCUGGAAACGUCAACUCUUCUUCCUAAAACUGAAAGCUGCCAUCUCAUGGGAGCUCUCCUACCCGGUCACCCACCACCCUGGUGUUUUGGAAAAAAAAAAAAAAAUCUCUGGGCCUCAACUGCUGCCAGGGAGGAGCUGCCACGCCAGAGGGAGGGAGGAGGACAAUGCAACAGCCUGGUGGUGCCGGGGGUUGGUGGGUAGAGCUAGCUCCAUGAACAAUGCACUGGGAAGGGUGGAGAUCAGGUCCUGGCCUGAAAUACAUUUCCUCCUCCCGCGGAGCUUUGAUUUUGCACUGAGCCAAAGGUCUAGCAUUGUCAAGCUCCUGAAGGGUUUAUUUGGCCCCUCCUCAAAGACUAAUGUCCCCAUGUGAAAGCUUCGAUUGGUCUGGAGCUUUGUGGAGAAGAUGUGUUCUUUCACUUUAGUUUCAAACCCAAUGAGUAUGUGCACUUCUGCUUCUGUAGGGAUGACUGCACAUCUGCACAUCGCUCCUCCCUUCCCCUUCAUACCCUUCCUCAAUGUUCUUUUACUUUAUAUUUUAAACUACCUGGUAUUUGUCAGAACCGAGGUUGUGGCAUGGUCCAUUUCUUGAUCAUUUGGAGCAGAUUGGUCAGUCGGAGUUGGCAGGCCAUGAGAAGAUGGAGAUGAUAUGGAGAUGUAAAGCAGUAUCAUUUGCUGAGGCCAAAGUUUCCAAUGUACGCUGGAUCCGUUUUCUGGAAUUUGGUUGAAGUCACUUUGAUUUUUUUUAACACCUUUACUAUGAAAUGUGUUACAGUUUCAUAUCCAUUGUGGUUGAAAUCUGCACAAUGAAGUCCACUUUAUCUUAAUGAUAUCAGAUAGGAGAAAAGAGGAACACAAGGUGAGAACUGAAGGGAUAAUUUUAUGUAAACCAAGGGGAUGUUUUUCAUUGAAUUAGUCUAACAAAUACAACAUCUGUCUUUGGCACUUUUCUGGAAGUUUAUUUCGGAAUGUUGUGUGAUUCAUUUCAAUGAACAGGAGAGUUGUAUUUGUUCUGUUAAAAGUACUUUUCAUGAUUUUUGAAUGUAUUUGCUUCAGCCAGAGGUCAUAUUAUUGGAUUUUUCUAACCUGUGUUAACACCACUGAAUGUGUAUUUCUUAAAAAAAAAAAAAAAAAAAUACCAUCCUCGUAUGCCCUUAAAGCAUUACUUUAACUGGUAGAGAACACCAGACGUUUUUCAGUUCAGCUGUUCAGUAGAUAGUAAUUGAAGAUGUGUGUCACUGUUACAAAGAAUAAAAAUAUACCACUGUCUCUUUAGUAUGGUUUUCAGUGCAAUUAAAUCAAGCAAUGUCUUGUUUUUUAAAAAAUAGUAUUUAAUAGGUUUCUGACUUUGGAUCAUUUUGCACAUAGCUUUAUCAACUUUUAAACAUUAAUAAACUGAUUUUUUGUAAAGAUCCCUUUGUGAAGAGCAUUUUUAACCACAAUUAUUAAGAUGUUUUAUUUGAUCAUGUGGCUAUUCUUUGGAAUAGAAGGUAAAGGCAAUUUUCUGUUACUCAAAGGAUUUUACCUUGAUCAACUAGGGUGUGAAAAAAAUGUGGUUUGUUCAGAAACCACUCUACCUUUUUCAGGAAGAGAAACUUCAAUAAGUUAACACUGAAGGCUAGUAAAGAAGGAGAUAAAAACCACCAACCUCCUGAAUACCACAUUGGCAAGUAAAUGUUAUUGUUUGGGUUUUAAAUUGCAUUUGAGCCAAACUAAAUUAAGUACAGUAAUUCUACUCUAAAACAUGGGUUUUUAAAGAAAAUGUAUACAACACUGUAGUUGUAAAUCUAAUACUCAGACUAGUUCGAACCCAUCAACAAACACAUAUAUUCUUGGAGUUCUACCAACAGAGGGAAGGGAGAAUGUGUAAAGCGGGAUGUGAGAGAUAAAAUUAAAUCACUUUAUUUUUAUCAGUACACAGGUUUGGCUUCUCCAAGUCUGUUUUAUGAACACUAUGGAAAUAUACAACAGCAAUGAAAUGGCUAUUUGUAGAAUAUGGACUGUGUAGCAUAGCAUCUUUUAUUUGAAAACUUUCUUCACGAUAUCUGAAAGAUUUAACAUUCCUAGGCUUCAGUUUCUCCAGCUAAAAAUGAAAGCAAGGCAUCUUGCAAGCACCACAGAAUUAUGAUAAUCAUGGUUUUGAUUGAAAUGGCAAUGUGUUUUCCUUGUUGGGGAUUAAAUCAGUUCUUCAGUA